AUGGCCCGGAGACCCCGGCACAGCAUCUACAGUAGUGACGAGGAUGAUGAAGACAUUGAGAUGUGUGACCAUGAUUAUGAUGGAUUGCUUCCCAAGUCUGGAAAGCGUCACUUGGGGAAAACUAGGUGGACCAGGGAAGAGGAUGAAAAACUAAAGAAGCUGGUGGAACAGAAUGGAACAGAUGACUGGAAAGUUAUCGCUAAUUAUCUCCCGAAUCGAACAGAUGUGCAGUGCCAGCACCGAUGGCAGAAAGUACUAAACCCUGAGCUCAUCAAGGGUCCUUGGACCAAAGAGGAAGAUCAGAGAGUGAUAGAGCUUGUACAGAAAUACGGUCCGAAACGUUGGUCUGUUAUUGCCAAGCACUUAAAGGGGAGAAUUGGAAAACAAUGUAGGGAGAGGUGGCAUAACCACUUGAAUCCAGAAGUUAAGAAAACCUCCUGGACAGAAGAGGAAGACAGAAUUAUUUACCAGGCACACAAGAGACUGGGGAACAGAUGGGCAGAAAUCGCAAAGCUACUGCCUGGACGAACUGAUAAUGCUAUCAAGAACCACUGGAAUUCUACAAUGCGUCGUAAGGUUGAGCAGGAAGGUUAUCUGCAGGAGUCUUCUAAAGCCAGCCAGCCACCAGUGACCACAAACUUUCAGAAGAACAGCCAUUUGAUGGGCUUUACGCAUGCUCCGCCUUCAGCUCAACUCCCUCCAGCUGGCCAACCCGCAGUUAACAGUGACUAUUCCUAUUACCACAUUUCUGAAGCACAAAACGUCUCCAGUCACGUCCCGUAUCCUGUAGCAUUACAUGUAAAUAUUGUCAAUGUCCCCCAGCCAGCUGCUGCGGCUAUUCAGAGACACUAUAAUGAUGAAGACCCUGAGAAAGAAAAGCGAAUAAAGGAGUUAGAGUUGCUUCUAAUGUCAACUGAGAAUGAACUCAAAGGACAGCAGGCUCUUCCAACACAGAACCACACAGGCAGCUACCCCGGCUGGCACAGCACCACCAUUGCCGACCACACCAGACCUCAUGGAGACAGUGCACCUGUUUCCUGUUUGGAAGAGCACCACUCCACUCCAUCUCUGCCCGUGGAUCCCGGCUCCCUACCUGAAGAAAGCGCCUCUCCUGCCAGGUGCAUGAUCGUCCACCAAGGCACCAUCCUGGACAAUGUUAAGAACCUCUUAGAAUUUGCAGAAACACUUCAAUUUAUAGAUUCUGAUGCUUCAUCGUGGGGUGAUCUCAGCAGUUUUGAAUUCUUUGAAGAAGCAGAUUUUUCACCUAGCCAACACGAUGCAGGCAAAGCCCUCCAGCUUCAGCAGAGAGAAGGCAGUGUGAAUAGACCUGCAGGAGAGCCUAGCGCAAGGGCGAGCAGACGCAAGUUGAGUGAGGGUUCACUUGACCUGCCCAAGCCCUUCCCUCCUGCGAGGCCCAGCACAAUUCCACGGGUCAUCCUUCAAAAAAAGCGGGGCCAAGCCAGCCCCUUCGCCACUGGACACUCUAGUUCCUUGGUACUUGCUGACGUCAGCAGUUCAACUCCCAAGCGUUCCCCUGUCAAAAGCCUACCAUUCUCCCCCUCGCAGUUCUUAAACACUUCCAAUAACCAUGAAAACUUAGACUUGGAAAUGCCUUCUUUAACUUCCACCCCACUAAAUGGUCACAAAUUGACUGUUACAACUCCAUUUCAUAGAGACCAGACUGUGAAAAUUCAAAAGGAAAAUACUAUCUUCAGAACUCCAGCGAUCAAAAGGUCAAUUCUAGAAAGCUCUCCAAGAACUCCUACACCAUUCAAACAUGCACUCACAGCUCAAGAAAUUAAAUAUGGUCCCCUGAAGAUGCUACCUCAGACACCAUCUCAUCUAGUAGAAGAUCUCCAGGAUGUGAUCAAACAGGAAUCUGAUGAAUCUGGGAUUGUUGCUGAGUUUCAAGAAAAUGGGCAACCUUUACUGAAGAAGAUCAAACAAGAGGUGGAAUCUCCAACCGACAAAGCAGGGAACUUCUUCUGCUCAAACCACUGGGAAGGGGAGAGUCUGAACACUCAGCUGUUCACGCAGGCGUCGCCUGUGGCAGAUGUGCCAAAUAUUCUUACAAGUUCCGUUUUAAUGACGCCAGUAUCAGAAGAUGAAGACAAUGUUCUCAAAGCAUUUACAGUGCCUAAAAACAGGUCCCUGGCAAGUCCCUUGCAGCCUUGUGGCGGUGCUUGGGAAUCCGCAUCCUGUGGGAAGACAGACGAUCAGAUGACAGCUUCCGGUCAGCCUCGGAAAUACGUGAAUGCCUUCUCAACCCGGACUCUGGUCAUGUGA